GGUUGGUUAAUGACAAAGUGGGCGUGGUCUCGGAGCCGAAGGUGCGAUGGAACCGGGUUUGAUCUGGCAACCCGCGGAAACAGCGUUAUAGGAACUGGUGUCUGGUGCCAUUUUCCUCCUCACGCUUCCGCGAGCGCGGCGUCACCCACAGCUGCACUUUCUACACACGCGCGUGUGCACUUCAAUAAGUUUGCAGAGUGAAAGAAGGAGGUGAAGGAUAAACAGAGAGAGAGAGAGAGAGAGAGAGAGAAUGGGCAGCACGGCGGCGGACGCGCAGGAGCGCGACUCCUCCAGGAAGAGCCCGAAGAAGAGGCACGCGUUGCGGCUCCACAUGCCCGACCUGAGCUCCUACACGUCUCCUCAUCUGGAGGGACAAAAGGAGAAAUCCUCUAAAGCUGGAACGCCCAAGGGUGAAGAGCUCACCUCAUCAAAUACAUCUAAAGGCUUCUCCCUGAGAUCUCCUCUCCCUCAGCCCUCGAGCCCCCGAACAUCUCCCAAUUCCUCUAAACCCAUCGCCUCCCACCAGGACUCUCCCCCCAAAUCCCCCCAUCGUCUCAGCUUCAGUGGUAUCUUCCGCUCGCCAUCCAACCCCUCCAGCAUCAAGAUCUUCUCCAGAACUCGAAAAUCGUCAGGCCCUUUGUCUCCGCCUACCACUCCCACUCACAGCUCCAACUCUCCUCUUUUCUCGCCGGAUGAGAGACGCCUGCGCUCGCUCUCGUCUCCACCUGACACGGGACUUCAGCGCUUUACAAGCUCCGCCUCCUCCAGCCCCAGCUCUGUCCAAUUUAGCCCCUCCCCUUUACACUUCAGGUCCGCCUCUCAACCGGCGUACGGUUCAGUUGAAGGCAUGUUGGAGAAGCUGGACCUCAGUGAUGGCGAGCCGGGCUGUGAUAUUUACACUCGCUUCAUGAUGGGCCACACGUGCUACGACCUCGUCCCAACCAGCUCCAAGCUAGUGGUCUUCGAUACGACACUACAGGUCAAGAAAGCAUUCUUCGCUUUGGUCGCUAACGGAGUGAGAGCUGCUCCACUGUGGGACACCAGACAGCAGAGCUUCGUGGGAAUGCUGACCAUCACCGACUUCAUCCGAAUCCUGCACAGAUACUACAAGUCGCCUCUCGUGCAGAUAUACGAGCUGGAGGAGCACAAGAUCGAGACGUGGCGAGAACUCUACCUGCAGGAAACCUUCAGGCCCUUGGUGAACAUCUCCCCCAACGCAAGCAUAUAUGACGCGGUUUACUCCCUCAUCAAAAACAAGAUCCACCGCUUGCCCGUGAUCGACCCGGUGACAGGGAACGUCCUCUACAUCCUCACACACAAAAGGAUCCUCAAGUUCCUGCAGCUGUUUGUGUGUGAGAUGCCCAAGCCGGCCUUCAUGAAGAAAACACUGAGCGAGCUCGGCAUCGGCACGUACGACAACAUUGCCUUCAUCCAGCCGGACACGCCCAUUAUCAAAGCGCUAAGCGUGUUUGUAGACAGGAGAGUGUCGGCGCUGCCUGUCGUCGACAACGCCGGAAAAGUCGUGGAUAUUUAUUCCAAAUUUGAUGUUAUCAACCUGGCGGCGGAGAAAACGUACAACAACCUGGACACAAGCGUGACGGAGGCGCUGAGACACCGCUCGCAGUACUUUGAGGGAGUGAUGAAGUGCGGGAGACACGAGACCCUCAACACCAUCGUGGACCGGAUCGUCAAGGCUGAGGUGCACAGGUUGGUGGUGGUGGAUGAAAACUCCAAAAUCGAGGGCAUCAUUUCUCUAUCUGACAUCCUCCAGGCUCUGGUUCUCGCUCCUGCAGGUUUAAGCAGGAAGGAGGAUAAAACGGAAACACAAACCGCAGCGAACACAUAGCGAGUGUCACGUGAGUGUGAAAAAGAGGCGUGGCUUUGACACGUGUUCGUUAUGGACGAACGUCUCUGGGAAACGCUGUUUAAUAUUGGUCCUGCUGUACUGUACUCCGCUCUGUAUUAUGGGCUCUACUGCUGCUCCACUUCACCGUGUCUCACUACAGGGAGAUCAUCUCAUGCUCGUCUCGGCUCAAAAGUUCAGGCGGUACCUCAAUCAAACUUCGGACAAAACCACGUUAACACCUGAAGCUGCUUCACCCGUUGGGGUCAAUCACGUCUCCAGGCUUCUGAUUUGUACCAACAAAUAUAAAAAAUCUUCCGUUUUCGUGUUUUGUUCGCGAAUUAUUUCGCUGAAAUCUAUUUGGCGUAAAUCAAAAUGAUUUCUCUCUCCUCCAUGUCAUGUUUAUUUUUUCUCUCUUGAUCCAUGGGAUUGGGAUCCGUGAUUGGUCAGAAUGAUGAAACAGGGCGGUAAAUAUACGGGUCCAAGCACGGAGUUCCGGCGCGAAAUAAGCGGACGAGGACAUUUUUUACGGUUCUUUUUUCUCGACUGUUUUUUUACGGCAAAAUUCCGUCAUGAAAGCAGAAUUAAAAGUCAUACGGUGGACGGUUGCUUUUAUCGCAAAACGACAACUGAAUGUACGGAAUCGUUUGUCCAGCUACGAGCUCGUAAUCAAGCGCACAUCACUGUUUUCUUGUUAUACGAUUAAAGCGUAAUGGUUUCCUUCAGCAUUCUAUCAGGAAUUUUACGGUUGCUUUUAAACCAGAACCCCAAAGGCCUUAAUUUCAUGGCCUUGGCGUGUAAAAACGCACAUUUCAUUAAGCAGACAUCAGAAAUCAUCAGAAACGCAUUUGUUUCGAGCUCAUCAGGAACCGACGCGAUCUUUAACUGAACGAUUAAACAGGAUAAAGUUUAUAUUAUUUAACUGUACUUUUGCAUCCACGUUAUUUUUUAUCUUUUUUCUAUAAAAGAGCUCUAUUUUUAUACUCUGA